UCCCCUCCGCCGCUUCUUCCAAUCUUCCCCGUACUCCGAAAUCCCAAUCCAAUCCUUCCUGGAACCAAUCGAAAUCAGUUUGCUUUGGAUUGUUUGCGCGCACUUAUGGGGAUCCCCAAUCUUCUCCGCUUCCUGAAGCCGUUCAUCGAGCCCGUGCACAUCAACAAGUACGCCGGCAAGCGGGUCGGCAUAGAUGCCUACUCCUGGCUCCACAAAGGAGCCUAUUCAUGCAGUAUGGAGCUGUGCAUGGACCCCAAGAGCGCUGCAGCCAGGCGCUACAUCAGCUACUUCAUGCACCACAUUAACCUCCUGCGGCAUUACAAGGUUGUUCCCGUCGUCGUCUUUGACGGGGGCAGCAUGCCUUGCAAGGCGGCCACGGAUAAUGAGCGGCAGAGGAAGAGAGAGCUCAGUUUGAACAUGGCAAAAGAAAAGCUUGAGCAAGGAAACACAGCUGCUGCUGUUGACCUAUUCCGGAAAGCUGUGCACAUUACUCCAUCGAUGGCUUAUCAACUAAUUCAGAUUUUGCGGUCAGAAAAUGUUGAAUUUGUGGUUGCUCCAUAUGAAGCUGAUGCACAGUUGGCAUAUCUAACUACUCUUGAUGCUGAUCAUGGGGGCAUAGCUGCUGUAGUUACGGAAGACAGUGACUUAAUAGCCUAUUGUUGCCCUGCUAUUAUAUUUAAGAUGGAUCGAUUUGGGAACGGUGAAGAAUUCACAAUGGAGAGAACCCUGAAGGCAGAGAAACAUGGUCUUUCCUUCCGAGAUUUUGAUCAACAACUUUUUACGGGCAUGUGUGUUCUUGCAGGAUGUGACUUCCUUCCGUCAAUUUCAGGCAUUGGUACUAGAAGAGCAUAUUCCAUCAUCUUGAAAUAUAAAGAUAUAAAUCGUGUUAUAUCAAACUUAAAGCUUGACAAGCGCUACUCUGUGCCAGAUGAUUAUGCUGAUUCCUUAUGGAAAACUCUUGCAGUGUUCAACCAUGCUAGAGUAUAUGAUGUCAAAAGCAAGUCACUUAAACAUUUGAAACCUUUGAACGCACAGCAUCUUACUUACUUGGAUGGAGACCUGGAUAUUCUUGGACCAGCGUUAUCACCAUCAAUUGCAAGAGGGAUUGCAGAGGGGCACCUGAAUCCAAUUACCAUGAAAGCAUUUGAUCAGUACACCAGAAUCAUUAGCCCUAUUGGUUUUCUUGAUACCUCGGCAUUUGACAUUGCUAAUGUAUGUGGUUCUCAGGAAAUUUCAACACAAAAGAGUUGUAUUACAAUCCUUUCAUCCCAGGAAAGCAAAGAAACUAUGUUAGUUGAUGAGAUUUCUAGUGAUGGACAAAAGUGCAAAAAAGGUGUUCUUGCCCUUGGCAAAUUUCUACUGGAGAAGCAAUCCCCUCGAGUGGAAAGCAAUCAAGUGGACCUGAAAAAUAUCCCAGAGAACAACCCAUUCAAGAAAAGGAAAUUACCAGUUGAUAAGGGUCAAGAAUUGGGUCAAAAUGAGUUAUUAACUGAUCUGGAAGAUGAGAAAUCAGAUUUAUCAUGCUCAGCAUUGUCACAAGAGAGCAAUCACACAAUCAAGGAUACGAAACAAUUGGGUUUUGGUCAAGAAGAUUAUGACGAACCAAGUUUAUUGGUGAAUGAAGUACCUGUUGCUAUUUGCUCAUCAUUGACACGGCAUAGUGUCAAAUCUAUGCCAAAUAAGGUAGCUCCCAAGAAGCAAAAGAUUCUGAAGAGGUCCAUGGAUAAGGCAAACGGAAAAGUUAAUGGAAGCAGUGGAAUAUUAAAAUUUUUCACGCGGUUGUAAUUUGAUUCACCUAACUUUUCAAUACGAGUCUAUUUGCAGUGAUGGGUUCCAAACA